AUGGCCGACGCUAUUUUUACAGGUCCGGAUUACAUCAUUCGCCCCAUUCCCGGCAAGGGUUAUGGUAUCGUCGCAGCCCGCAAGAUCAAGACAGGGGAGAGAAUUUUCUCUGAAGCGCCUCUUCUCAAGCUGCCCCGAAACGUCGGCUCCAAGGAGGGACUCAAGGUUAAGAUUAAGGCCAAGCUCAACUCGUACCCCCGGAUUUAUCGAGACGCUUAUCGCGAUUUGUGGAACUCAUAUCGCGGAGAUAGCCCUGAAGUUGGUAUUGCUCUUACGAACGCUUAUCCUCUGGGACCGAAUGCAUCUACAACCGGCAUCUUCCUGCAUGCAGCCCGUCUCAAUCAUAGCUGUCACCCGAACGCCCAGGAUACGUGGAACGAGGCGCGCCUAGAGCUAACCCUCCACGCAUGUUGCGACAUUGAAGAAGGCGAAGAGAUUACCAUCACCUUAUUGAGCACACGAGGAUGUCGCAAGGCUCGGCAGCGCGUCCUCAAACUCAACUGUGGCUUUACCUGCUUAUGCUGUCUCUGCUCCUUGCCCCCUACCAAGAGUAAGUUGAGCGAUGAGAGACUGGAAGAGAUUCAGAGGCUCAACAAUCAAAUCAAAAGUCCGAUGGUUCAUCUUCUAGAGCCCCUCACCACCCUCCACAAUGUUGAGCGCAACUUGAGGCUCAUGAUCAAGGAGGGCAUUGCCGAUGUAAGCAUUUCCAGGGCCUACUCUGACGCCUUUCAAGUCGCCAUUUCCCAUGGAGAUCAAGCCAGGGCCAAGAUCUUUGCGGAUAGGGCACUGGAUAGCCGAAUAAUUGUGGAAGGAGAUGAUAGCGAGAUGGUUGAAAAGUUGAGGCGACUGUCACUCCAUCCGUAUACACACCCAUCUCACAAAAUCACAUCAAAGUGGAAGACCAGCAUUGAAGAUGCCCCAAUCGGGUUUCCGGAUGCUGACCUUGAGCUUUGGCUGUGGCGACAAGACCAACCUCGCGAGUUGCAAUUCGCUGACCUGCGGUGCACAACCAACUUUCCUUGCUUCAACGAUCUUCCGGGAGAAUUCGACACCAGCACUGACUUCUUUGAGGCUAUAGAUACAUUCAGCUGCAAGCCAAAGAAGUUCUGGGCUUUCCUUGGCGACAUUCUCAGCGUGAACGACUCCGACCCAACCAGGCUGCAACUUACUGCCCAGGACAAGAACUGGAAAAGUAUAACAAUUUUGCUCCGCACCUCGGAAUUUGGCGAAACAUUUGACCGCUCGACGGUAAAGCAAGGAAGUUCGAUUGUGAUCCUCUUCCCCGUGAAGGAUGAAACCGUAGGGAAGGAACUUGGGAUUGUCGUUGAUAGGCUCAGUGACGUAAAGAUACUCCCAUUACAACUGGACGAAUUGCUCGAGUUGAGUGACAAAGUGCGGUACUAUACAUCCCUUGUCGAUAAGAAGAGACGUUGUCAUGGCUGCAGAAAGGAAUCAGAGUGCCGAAAGAUGUGCAAAAAGUGUUUCUUCUUCCAGUACUGCAAUGAGGUAAGAUAUACCGUAUAUGAGAAAAUUGGGAUUGAGAUUUGCUAA